GUCGUUUCGACAUUAUCCGCAAUGCCAUUCACGGGCGCAAUGCGACAACUCGAUAUUCCAAACCCCACCUCUCCCACCUGUGCAGUAGAGUACAAAUCCUCACCUGCUCCCCUGUUUCUUGGUUCCCUUCCUCCACCCAUCUCCUCUCCUCUCUCCACGUGAGCGAUCGAGUCCACCCCCCGCAUCGACCGACCAUCACAGGAGGAGCGGCGGCGGCGGCGGCGGCGGCGGCGGCGGAGUGACAGCGAGACAAGAUGGCGAGGAAGCCGCUGGACUACGAUCAGCUGAACGAGAACGUCAAGAAGGUGCAGUACGCGGUGCGCGGGGAGCUCUACCUCCGCGCCUCCGAGCUCCAGAAGGAGGGCAAGAAGAUCAUCUUCACCAACGUCGGCAACCCACACGCCCUCGGUCAGAAGCCGCUCACCUUCCCACGCCAGGUGGUGGCGCUGUGCCAGGCUCCGUUCCUGCUCGAUGAUCCCAACGUCGGACUCAUCUUCCCCGCCGACGCCAUCGCGCGGGCCAAGCACUACCUCGCCAUGGCGCCCGGCGGUCUAGGUGCUUAUAGUGAUUCCCGGGGUAUUCCUGGAGUUAGGAAGGAAGUUGCCGAGUUCAUCCAGAGGCGUGAUGGGUAUCCCAGUGAUCCAGAACUCAUUUACCUGACCGAUGGUGCCAGCAAAGGUGUGAUGCAAAUGCUCAACGCCAUUAUCAGAAAUGAGAGAGAUGGGAUUUUGGUCCCUGUUCCACAAUACCCACUUUAUUCUGCUGCCAUUUCCCUCUUUGGUGGUUCUCUGGUCCCAUAUUACUUGGAAGAAGAGGCUAACUGGGGCCUUGACAUUGUCAAUACCCGCCAAUCAGUGGCGGCAGCACGGGCAAAGGGAAUCACUGUUCGAGCAAUGGUGAUUAUAAAUCCAGGAAACCCCACUGGCCAAUGCCUUAGUGCAGCAAAUAUAAGGGAACUUCUGCAAUUUUGCUAUCAGGAAAACUUAGUUCUUCUUGCAGAUGAAGUGUAUCAGCAGAAUAUUUAUCAAGAUGAGCGUCCAUUUAUAAGCGCAAGAAAGGUUUUGUUCGACAUGGGUCCUCCAUUGAGCAGGGAGGUUCAGCUUGUCUCUUUCCACACUGUUUCCAAAGGAUACUGGGGAGAGUGUGGCCAACGUGGUGGAUACUUUGAAAUGACAAAUCUUCCUCCCAAAACAGUUGACGAGAUCUACAAGGUUGCAUCAAUAGCACUGAGUCCAAAUGUUCCUGGGCAAAUCUUUAUGGGAUUAAUGGUUAACCCUCCUAAACCUGGAGAUAUCUCUUAUCUGAAGUAUGCCACUGAAAGCAAGGCCAUCCUCGAGUCUUUGAGGAGGAGAGCACGCAUGAUGACCGAUGGUUUCAAUAGUUGCCGCAAUGUUGUGUGUAAUUUUACGGAAGGAGCUAUGUACUCUUUCCCCCAAAUACGCCUGCCACAAAGAGCUAUUGAGGCGGCCAAAAGAGCCGGCAAAGUACCAGAUGUUUUCUACUGCCUCAAGCUUCUGGAGGCAACAGGAAUUUCCACUGUUCCGGGCUCCGGUUUUGGUCAGAAGGAAGGGGUGUUCCACCUGAGGACGACCAUCCUUCCUGCGGAAGAAGACUUCCCUGCCAUCAUGUCGAGCUUCAAGAAGUUCAACGACUCAUUCAUGGAGCAAUACGAAGGUUACUCGAGGAUGUGAAAAAGGAAUGAAACAACAUGGCCGUGGAGAUAGGGGAAAGGAUCACCUAUCUGAUUCUUCCUCGCAAUCUCAGCGUGAUCGAGCGAUCCUAAAGACAUUAUUAAUUGGAAGAUAAUUAACUGUAAACUGUAACUCUCUUAAAGAAAAUUGCUGUCUUUGAUAUGUAUAGGGAAUUAAAGUUUCUGCGGGAAUUACUGAAUAAUCCAUGCACCAUUUGUUACUA